AUGGACCGAAUUGAGCCAACGGCUCGUCAUGAUGGCGACUUGAAUGUCGGCCCCUCAGGGAGCGCAAAUCCCAAUCCCAAUCCCAAUCCCAAGCCCCAGCGCCCAGCGCCAAGGCCAACUAUCACGCGUCGGCUGGACUCAAGAACGACUAUAUCAGGACCAAGGCAGCCCAGCAUCCAAAUAUUACGUUUGCCUUCAACCACCUCGACAGCAUCGACACGCACCGCAGCUAGAACGCCACCGAUUAAUCAAAACCGCGCUCACGAUGGAGAGCCAACUGAUUAUCUUGCUCAGUCGGGGAGGCGACGAAGCAGCUCUGAGCCACAGAGGAUGCAUGGAUUGGAUACACAUCAGGCGGAUCUUGGACAACGACGCCAUGCCCGUCCUCAUGCCCAGAGUGUGGGGGCCCCUGUCGAGCUCAAUGCCCUGGAACCUCCACCCCCCACCCGUCCACGAGCGGGAUCUGGACGACUACGUCGCAUGAGUGCACGGUCAGCACUGGGAAUGAAACGCUCAGCGACCACAGGAGGUGGUUUGGAUGCUGCUCCACGACGACCGCCUCCUGUCCCACUUGCUCCAAGGCAACAAUAUGAUUCUGAAAUUGUUAAUCUUCUCGACGUAAUCGACCCAGAAGUUUCCACUCUCUCAACAUUAACCAAUGUUCAAAAUUCGCUCUUUAUUCCCGAUCUCGGCCGCUGGAUCAAUCGCCAGCCAACAUAUACCCUUACACGUCACCCAUCAGAUAUCCCAGAGGUCGAAAGUCCUCGAGAUGACGAAGACCUUGCACGGGAAGAAGGCGCAGAGACACCCAAAGAGCCACCGCAAGCCGAACGGACGAGGUCCUUGAGCACAAUCGCGUCUACCAUCAGCGAGGGCCGAUACGCCAUUCUACCAGAGGGUGUUACUCUUGAAGGAUGGACCAAAGCCAACAAGGCUGAGCUCGACGACCUGGUCCGCCACAUGUUACAUUCACGACGCGCCAAGAUCAAGCGUGGUUUGAAAGGUUUCGGUCAAUAUGUGCGCCGGCCCCUUGGUUUUUUUGUGACCUUGUACGCAACCUUAAUUACUCUCUUUGGACUUGCGUGGGUUUUGUUCUUGAUUGGUUGGGUUAACGUUGGCGGUCGACAACUUUAUGUCAUCAACGUUAUCGACAAUGUCCUUGUCGCCUUGUUUGCCGUCAUGGGCGACGGUCUCGCUCCAUUUCGUGCCGUGGACACGUAUCAUAUGAUAUUCAUUGCUCACUACCACCAUCUAACCUGGCGGAAGCGCAAAGAAUGGGAGCUGCCAAAGCUACAAGACAAGAACGAUUUGCCAGCAGAGCGCAAGACAAAUACCAUGAAUCCCGACGUGGACUUGGAAAAUAUGGCGGCGACCGCUGCAGAGACAGGGACUGCGGAAGAGGCAGAGUUCACUGUUUUAACGCCGCGCCAGCAACUGCGUCUCCAACAUCAUCAACGAAAAUUUGCCAAGGCUCAUACAUUUUACAAGCCGCACGAGGUUUUGACCCAUCAUGCUUUCCCGCUGCGACUGCUUGUUGCGAUUGUGGUUUUGUUGGACUGCCAUUCGCUCUUCCAGAUCGCGCUAGGCACCUGCACUUGGUCUAUUUCCUACAAAGUCCGGCCAUUCGCUCUCACUACUGUCAUUCUUUGCUGUUCGAUUGCCUGUAACAUUACGGCUGGCGUCCUGAUUUCUGUCGGUGACCACCGCACUCGCAAGCGGGAAGUCAUUGAAAAGUUGUUCCGCCAGGAACUGACGAGCCAGGCCAUCGCAAAGCUCGAGAAGCGAUACCGGAAAGAAAGUGAUUCCAAUGAGGCGAGCGACUCAAACAAUGAGCUUGUCCCUCGGAUUAAUGAGCCGAGUUAG